CGGCGUGAACUUCCGCAAUUUCCUCCUGGCAGAGUCUGGUUCGUCCAUUUUUCUUGACACGCGCAAUGGGUGAAGAUCCAGAGCCAUCUUGUUUCCAUCGUGGACGUGGCGGUGAUGCCCGGCUUGCAACCUUUCGUACCUUCAAAAAUGGGAAUCCCAAUUUGGCCGCUAUUUGCCUCUGCGCUUCUAUGCGUAGCUCUGGGUGCAACUCCAUUUUCUUCUUCGACGAGUUCUUAUUUAUCGGUGGCUGACAAAACUCGUUUGAAAAAAGUAGUAGAACCUGGUUUCCAGCUCUCUGAUCUACCUGCCUUGCAUUAUGCCGCUGUGAGCUAUAAGCUCCUUGGUGAUGCCAUACCAAAGAAUGCCGAAGCCUGCAAAUUCUUGCUAGCUACUGUCGGAGAUGGAAGCUCAAUGACGCCUGAGAAUCUCUAUUACGCUGCAACAGCGUGGAAAGCUAUAGGAGUUUGUCAACCGCUACCCAUCGCUGGUAUCACAAAGAUAUUGACCGCAGUUGUGGAUAAGGAAACUUCCACCAUCCCCGAAUUGUAUCAUGCAGUUGGUGCUCUCGCAGCACUCUCCCAAAAGCUGCCCGACGCCACGGCGACAAAGCUUGUCAAAACUCUCCAAGCCAUUCUUCGCAAGGAUGACAGCCUUCUCAACCUUGGCUACGUCUUUCACAUCGCAUCGGAACUUGGACCUGCUGGUUCGUUUGCUUUCGAACGCAUCGAGGACGCUGUAGUCCAGGCCGACGAAGUCGAUGGGAAAUACUUGCAAUUUGAAGGCGGGCUUUCUGUCACAAGUCUUUUGGUGAACGGAGCCUUUCAGCUUUCAACGAACUUGAAGAAGAAGCCUCCAAUCAGUGCGGAGCAGACUGUUAAGUUUGCAAACUAUUUGCUCUCUCGUCGCUCCGUGCAAACUACCAAAGGAGUUGUGGGCCUGCUCUCCGCGCUGGCAAUGCUCACGAAUAAUCCGUUUGAAAAGCCAAUUUGCAUCGCUCUAGCUGAUGGAGGUAUCGCGGUGUCUAACAAACAGCCACUCGUCAGUAUCAAGGUCUGCGACAUACUUGGGACCCCGUUGAAAACUCCUGUCUCCGUUGUCGCCAAUUCUGCUACCAGAGUCGGAGAUGAUGUCGUCGUCAUUAGUAAAAAGGCUUUCCAACCCUCCGCUGGUGACGGCACUUUGUACACGAUGAAUUUAAUGGAGAUCAAGCCUGACCGUGGCGUCUACAAAAUCUCUGUCUCCGCUGGAUCAGUUUCGAACACUGUAACCGUCAAAGUGCUCACCGAAGUUGUCGUGGAUUAUUUAGAAAUUGGAACUGCGGAUGCCGACCAAACCACGCAACCAAAACUGUCGCGCGUCGAGUACCCAAAAAAACUGAGCAGUAAGAUCGAAGCAGACUCGCAGCAAAAAUUGGUGAUAAGAUUUCUGCUCAAGGAUUCUGUGAGCAAAAAAUCAAUGCGCGUUCAUCAGGCCUUCGUCAGGCUUCAUUCGACCUCGAAAUCUGCCGAUAGCCGAGGACAGGAAAUUAUUUUCGUCGCCGAACCUGAUGCGGCCAAUGUGUACAAGUUUGACAUGGACGUCGGAUCAACGGCUGGUGAGUUUGGUUACCUGAGUGGCGAAUACGGCGUCGAAUUGAUCAUCGGAGACGCAGUUCUGAGCAAUUCUUUCCAAUGGAAUUUGGCCCAGAUCAGUUUAAAACUUCCCGAACAGCCGAGUGCAGCUCAGCCAGCGGAUGAAAAGUCUGGACUCUACAAACCAAAACCGGAAAUCAAGCAUAUGUUCCGAGAGCCCGAAAUAAGGCCACCUCCGGUGGUAUCUAAUCUGUUCACGGGUCUUUGUUUGGCCCCUGUGUUGCUGCUUUUGAUUCUAUGGGCCAAGUUGGGGGUCAACAUUUCGAACUUCCCGUUAUCCCUGAGUGCCGUUGUCUUUCACCUAGGGCUCGGAGGAAUCUUCGUACUUCUUGGUGUAUUUUGGUUACAACUGAACAUGUUCGUAACUUUGAGGUACCUUUUGGGCAUUGGAGUCGUCACAUUCCUUGCAGGGAAUAAAUUGCUGUCGCAAAUAGCGGGCCGAAAGGGACGUUAAAAAGGUACGCAGAGCGAAUGGGAAAAUCGAAGUUAAAACGAACUAUGUAUCGCUCGGAGUUUUCGAUGAUCAAUUUUCACAUCGAGCCUUCUCACUUGCCGAAGCUAAUUUAUCGCUUGCCUGGUAACGUUGGAAAGAAGAUAGCUGCGAUUAUAAAUAAUAUUCAUUCACUACAUUCCUAUUGUAAGAAGAGAAAAAUAGGAGGAACGAGCGAUUACCUAUUUAAGUUAUGAUUUUAUACCUGUACAGAAUGUUUGAGAUGUGAUUAAUAAGAUAAGACAAAUGCUGAAA